GUACAGGUAACCCGACGUAAGCGAAUCAGAAACAAGCUGGGAGGGAGAGAAGGAAGGAAGGAAGGAAGGAAGGAAGGAAGGAAGGAGAAAAGGAAAGUAAAAGACGGAGGAAGCGGAGGCUGUUAUCCUCUUUCCUUCCCUCCCUCCCUCCCCUGCGUGAUCUGCAGCCUUUCAUUCUUCUCAAGGCGAGAGGAUCUGAAUGUAUAUCAGGCUUCUAAGUCAGUUGCUGCUUUUAAGAAGACACUUCUUCAUUCUGCACACAGGACUUCAAGAGGAGAUUUGCCUUCAUUCUGAAUAUGUGUGUACAAUCUUCGGCUUCUUUUGAGCUCUGAAAAGAAAAGCGAGGCAUGAAGUUGCCAGUAUGUCCUACUUGGGCAUUGAUGGAGAUGUAAAAAAAUUCUUAGCCAGCAUUAAUUUAGGACAGUAUUCUCCAAACUUCCAAAACUUUGGUUAUGAGAAUUUGCAAGACUGUACACAGAUAAAUGACUCUGUACUUCAACAGAUUGGAGUAACUCCUACGGGGCACCGAAGAAGAAUACUCAAGCAGUUGGAGUUUGUGUUUUCAGAAAUGCCAGCCAAAUGUGCAUCUGUUGAAAGCCAGAAAAUGGAAAGUGCAGAAGACUUAGGAAAUGACAUUUCUCCAUUAUUUUGCCACGAUUCCAAUAAACACAUUUCAGAUACACAAGAGGAUGAAACAGCUUUCCAAAUAUCCCAUGAAUCUGCCAUUAUGGCUUGUGGCAAACAUUGCCUAUAUAGGGAAAAUAAAGAACUUGCCGACCAUGCGUCAUUGGAAGUCAAAAGCAGCAUGUUGGCAGGUUUCAACUCUUUUAACACCUCCUGUCAAAACUUGAGUAGCUCAACAGAAGUUACCACUGAUUCAGAAAAUGCAUUGAAAAAUGUGAUGUCUCAAAAAGUAAUUUCUGUGGAUGGUCCUCUUGAAAAAAGCCAGACAGAAGCUGUUAGCACUGAACAACACAAUGUUCCCAAGGAAAUAUCAUCUCCUUCCUCUGUUGCAUCUUCACCUGGAAUAAAAUCUCAUGAUGAUGAUCGCCUUAUGCUUUCGGCAUUGAAAAGUUUGACUAAUGCUCCACCAAGCAGUCAUUUUUUUGAGUUUCAAGGUGAAAUGGUUGAAAAUGAUUUAUAUAGUGCUUGUAGCCAAAACCCUACACAAGCAGCUUCAAGACCAACUCGGUCAUUCAUGCUUAGGCAUCGCCCUGUUCCAGAAAUACCUGACUCGUCCACUACUGAAGCUUCAAAAAGCUCUCUCCAGGAAAGAAGGAAUAUGAAUGGUUUCAAUAUCCACUGUUCAGAGAGUCAUAUUUCACAAAAAAAAGGCCCCGAUGAAGAAAAGGCACCUCCCAUUUCUCCAUAUGGGGAAACUUUCCUUAUUCACAGCUCGGAAGAAACGGAAACCUGUGACAAAGAACUUACAGACAUCCAAGAAAAACACAGGGAUGAGAAAGACACCCAAAGGGAUAAUCUUCUGAGCAAAACGCGUGCUAUCAGUAAUAACCAAACCCAGAAAAUCUCUGAUGAUGUAGCAUAUCGUGAAUUGUUGACCCAAGAAAAUAAAUCUGCCUCACUAAAAAGAUUUGCCGGUGAAUUGGAAUACUCUUCUGUGAAAAGAUAUACUUGGUAUGCACGGCGAGGAAAAUAUAAGGCAUCGCAAGGCCUCGGAGAGUUGAAAGGUGGGAAUGUGGACUUCAGUGCAAAAGAAGAGAUUCAUGUCCCUCAGCAUGUUGGCAAUGAUGAAUCAGCCACCAACUCUAGAGACUCAAUAUCACCCUAUGCUUGCUUUUAUGGACCAACAGCAAAGAAAGUUAAAGAAGGCUGGCUGGAUAAGCUAUCUCCUCAGGGAAAGCAUAUGUUUCAGAAGCGCUGGGUGAAGUUUGAUGGUGACAGCAUUUGUUAUUACAACAAUGAAAAGGAAGUGUACUCCAAGGGAAUAAUCCUCCUCUCUGCUAUGUCUACAGUUAGAAGCCAUGGCGACAACAAAUUUGAAGUUGUUACCGCACAGAGGAUAUUUGUCUUCCGGGCUGAAAAGGAAGAUGAGAGAAAUGACUGGAUCAGUACAAUACUUGAUGCUUUGAAGUCACAACCUGACAUCUCUCGAGUGCGGACCACUGUCUCUCCUGAUAAAAGUGGAUAUUUGGAGCUGAAGGGCUACAAAACUAAAAUCUUUACCUUGUUGCAAGGAAACAAUGUAUGGAUCUGCAAAAAUGACCAGGACUUUAAGGCUGGAUAUGGCAUCACUAUAAUCCCCAUGAAUGUGGCUAAUGUGAAACAGAUAGACCGGGCAGCAAAACAGUCAUUUGAAAUAAUUACACCUUACCGAAGCUUUAGCUUUACCACUCAGUCUGAAAAAGAAAAGCAGGAGUGGAUUGAAGUGUUGCAGCAAUCCAUAGCAGAAACACUCUCUGAUUAUGAAGUUGCCGAGAAGAUCUGGUUCAAUGAAUCGAACAGGACCUGUGCGGAUUGUAGAGCCCCAGAUCCUGAUUGGGCAUCCAUCAAUCUCUGUGUUGUCAUUUGUAAAAAGUGUGCAGGGCAGCACAGAUCAUUAGGGCCCAGAGAUUCAAAGGUCCGGAGCCUCAAAAUGGAUGCCAGCAUUUGGAGCAAUGAACUUAUUGAGCUUUUUGUUGUCAUAGGGAAUACAAGAGCAAACAGUUUUUGGGAAGGGAAUCUUCAACCAGAUGAGAAAUUGCUUAUGGAUGCGUCAACAGACAAGAGACUAACUUUUAUCAACCAAAAAUAUAAAGAGGGAAAAUUCAGAAAAACCACUCUACUUUAUAAAACCAAAGAAGAGUUAAAUAAGGCCCUGUGUGCUGCUGUGGUUACGCAGGAUGUAUUGCAAACAAUGGAAUUGUUGUUUAGUGGAGCAGAUGUGAUGUGUGCUACGAGAGAUCCUGACUAUAGUACUCCGUACUUGUUAGCAAAGAAACAUGGACAAAGACUGCAAAUGGAAUUUCUCCAUCAUAACAAAUUUUCAGAUUUUCCUAGCUAUGAUGCUCAUUCAGACAGCAUUUCUUGUCAAUAUUCUUCCUUGUCCACCUUCCUUUGUGACUAUUUAUAUAAGCUUUCCUCCAGUGCUACAAAACCAUUUACUGAGAGAAAACUAAAAGAAGAAUGCAAUAAAAAGUGGUGUACUUUCGAAAGUGGCUUUUUGAGCUACUAUGAACAUGAGAAGACAGCUUCUCCAAAUGGGAUGCUUGACAUCAGUGAAGUCGUCUGCCUUGCUGUUCAUAAGACAAGCUCUUUCUUACCUAUGGGAAGUCUAUUUACCUUUGAAAUCUACUUACUGCCAGAACGUGUGUUUCUCUUUGGCACUGAAACUGCACAUACUCAAAGAAAAUGGACUCAGGCAAUUGCCAAGCAAUUUGUACCCAAUGUAGCCAAACAUAUCUUGGAGAGGGAUUAUGAUGUGAUCGGCCAGCUGUAUUACAAAGACUGCCAUAAUCUCGAUAACUGGAAAAAAGGCUGGUUUGCUAUAGAAAAGUCAAACCUUUGUUUUUGCCUGGAGCUAGAAAAUUCCCAAGAAGAUUCAAUGCAUCUAAGGAGGCUCCAGGAGUUAACAAUCAGCACCAUAAUGCAAAAUGGAGAAAAAAUAGAUGUUCUUCUUCUGGUAGAGAAAGGAAGAACAUUAUACAUCCAUGGCCACACCAAGUUAGAUUUCACAGUCUGGUAUAAUGCAAUUGAAAAAGCAGCAGGUACAGAUGGCAACGUGUUGGAAGAUCAGCAACUCAGCAAAAAUGACGUCCCGAUUAUAGUGAAUAGCUGUAUUGCAUUUGUUACACAAUAUGGUCUAGGUAACAAACAUAUCUACCUGGAUAGAGGGGAUCCAUCUCAUGUAAAUGAACUUCUUGAGUCCUUCAAAAAAGAUGCCAGAAGUGUUAAACUGAGGGCUGGAACAAAUCAGCUGGAAGAUGUUACUGAUACUCUGAAGUGUUUUCUAUCUGAAAUCGAUGAUGCACUUCUCACCAAAGAACUCUAUCCAUUUUGGAUCUCUGCAUUAGAUACACUAGAUGAGAAAGAGAGAGUGAAAAAGUACAGCACUUUUAUUCGAACACUUCCAGCAGUCAAUAGGGCAACUUUGGCAGCCUUAAUGGAACACCUUUACAGGGUUCAGAAGUGUUCUGAAAUCAAUCACAUGGAUCCUCACAAUCUUGCAAUGGCAUUUUCAUCAUGCGUGUUUCAAACUAAAGGGCAAACCAGUGAAGAAGUCGAUGUAAUUGAAGACCUGAUUAUAAAUUAUGUGCAUCUCUUUGAUGUACAUGAAGAUCAAGUGAGACAAAUGGAUAUUGAGAAUAGCUUUAUUACCAAAUGGAAGGAUACUCAAGUUUCCCAGGCUGGAGACUUGCUCAUUGAAGUUUAUGUGGAAAGAAAGGAGCCAGACAGCAGCGUUAUAAUAAGGGUAUCGCCAAUGAUGGAGGCAGAAGAAUUGACUAAUGACAUACUGGGAAUAAAAAAUAUUGCACCCCACAAGGAUGAUAUGUGGGCUACGUUUGAAGUGAUUGAAAAUGGAGAGCUAGAACGCCCAUUACAUUAUAGUGAGAAUGUUCUAGAACAAAUUCUCCAUUGGAGCGCUUUGACUAAUCCCAGCAGUGCAUAUCUUGUUGUAAAGAAAUUUCUGACAGCCAACACAAUGAAACAAUGCAAUGAGAAAAACACUGAGGUCAAAGUAAAAGCCAGUUAUCUGAAAUUUAAAGAAGAGCCAUCCAAAUUACUGUCUGGAAAUAAGUUUCAAGACCGCUAUUUUGUUCUGCGGGAAAGAAAUCUUCUACUUUACAAGGAUAUGAAGAGUAGCAAGCCUGAAAAGGUGUUGCCAACCCAAUCAUUGAAACUUUAUCUUGGAGUGAAGAAGAAACUGAAGCCACCAACCAAUUGGGGUCUCACAUUGUACUCUGAGAAAUAUCACUGGCAUUUGUGCUGUGAUGGACAGGAGUCUCAGUUUGAAUGGCUAACCAGCAUAUUUGUUGCCCAGCAUAAUAAUAUCUGUCCACCAGAUGGAAAAGUGAGGAAGCAAUCUAUUACCAAAAGCCCCAGAAUUGGUGGCUUACCUUUAAUACCAAUCCAUCAUGAAAGAAGUAUUCCAAAAGCUAAAAUCAACUUAUCAGAGAAUUCAAAGCUUGAAUCUGAAAGCGAUUUAACAGAAGACAAGAGAGGUUUGAAGGAAAGAGCAUCACGGGUCGCUCAGUGCUUGGAACGUAAGGAGGAGAAAGCCCGAAACCGGACAAGGAAGCACCGAAGCCUGAUCUGUUUGGAUGACAUGGGUCAAGAUGUUGCUGACUCACACCAAAGACCCUACAUGGACUCAAAGGCACCAAAGAAAAAUGAGAACAAAGUCAAUCAGAUGCAGCUGGAAUCUGAUAAUAAGCUUCCAGCAAAUGUUAUUCAAGAACUCCACACUGUCUUGCAGAGGCACAGAGCUCUCCAUGAACAGUCUUAGAAACAGUUCUUCAGAUCUGUACAUCAGUGACCUGGUCAUUCUAGGAAGAGAAAUAUGUUGUCUAUGUAUAAUAUAUAUUGUCUGUGUACAGUGUACAGGCUUUUGGACAGAUAGAUGGAAAUAGAGGAAAACAUAGAGGCAAGAUAUGCCUUCCUCUUGUGUGUGUGUGUGUGUGUGUGUGUGUGUGUGUGUGUGUGUGUGUGUGUAUAGGUGUUAUCUGCCAAUCCAGGUAUGAUCAUCAUCCUAUCUGAAUGUAUGGAAACUUUGGCAACCACUGUAUAUUGAAUAUACUCCAACACAUGGACCAGAGUUAUGUUCCAGGGCAAUUCUUGACAGUUUUUAAAUCUGGAUUGAGAGACCUGUACUCUUGUAUAUAGACUGGUGAAUCUUCAAAGUCUGGGAAUCGGUAGCUGUUAUAUCACAUUACAUAAUAUUGAAGUAGAUGGCAGGGGAUUCUUCCUUUGACUCUUUAUGGGCAUUGUACCUGGUCUGAAGAUAAAAAAGCACAUGCCUUCCUCUCUUGCAAGUUUAACCCAAGUGGCCUAGUAAUGGUGAUCUGUUAGAUUGUGUAAACAAUCAUUUUGCAAAUUAGUAGUUUAAUAUUAGUCAUGAGUGUCACUACAUUCUCUGUGAGAAAGUUUUAAAGUCCCAGUUCAAUGGAGUGCAGAAUUCAAAUAACCUUGCCAUACUAUAAAAUCUUAGGACGGAACCAUAGCUGUUAAUAUUGUAUCAAGGUGCUAUAAUUGUGCAUAACCUUAGUUCUUUUCAAAGGUAAACAUCAUGUAGUGGUGUUGGAAACAUGGAAGAAUAAAGGGACCAGUUUUUCACCCUCAAAAUAUCAAUAUUUUCAAAAGAAAUGAAAAAUCAAAAAGAUAUGAUGAAAGAUCCAUUAUCAAUUUCAUCAUUGACUGCUUGUCAAAAUGUCUCUUCCAUUUUGCUGCCAAACUCGUGCUCCUGGAGACUUCCAGAAGCAGAAAAUUACAUUCUUUGGGAUACAAUAUUGGAUAGCAUUUGGGAGGACCCAAGGCCUGCAAAAUGGGUUUGCAAUCCACAUGAGGUUCUUGGCCUAUACCAUGCCUAUUCCUGUUGCACAGUCAUGCACAUCCACAAAGCUGGGUAUCACAGUAAAACUAUUAAGAGUCUUCUGCCUCUGUGUUUUGGUGCUGCUGUAAGAAAAAUAAGUAUGUAUGCCAUGGUUACAUUUGUUCUGUUAAGUGCAAAGCUGCUUCAGGUCAUAGAACAAGUUUUUCAAAACUUUGUGGAAUUUGAAAUACAAAUUGGCAAGAUAAGGGAAGGGAGAUUAAUCCAGGAACCGCCCUGCACUUUUAUGUGCCCAUGGUGUUUUGAAACAUGCAAACUUGUAUAGAAGAAUGAUUGCAAUAAUGAACUGUACAGCAUUAUGACUAAUAAUAUAUAUGAAAUAUAAUUAACAUUGGGUAUUAGGCCACUGCAUACUAUGGUAGCAAAAUUAAAUAUUUUGUUCUAGGCACAUGGCAGUGUAGCACUGUGGAUUCCUGAAAUGUGUAGAAUGCAUCUACUUUAGGCUGCAAGUUCAGAGAUUACUUUUUUAAUGUCCCCGUAUGUAUUUUUUUUAAAGCAGAAAGCAAUUAAGCUAAAAAAAAAGCUCUUCCAAAACUUCUUGCUCUGCUCAGGUGUUUUUUAUUUGUGCAUAGCUUUGACCAGUUUUUAAAAUCAUUUUUGACAGGCAAGCAUGAAAAAUGUGGUAAUCUGCAUAUGAUCAGAAUUGGUAGGGUUGAUCUAUUUGGGAUAUGACUAUUUGAUUCCCCCCCCCCCCCCCCACACACACACACACUCCAUAGACUGGAUAAAAAGUUUAAUCACCAUAUUUUAAUAACUACCAAAUGUCCUGAAUGUAAUGUUUUCAGUAACUGUACUUUGGAAGAAUUAUUAUUUCUAUUUAUGUAUAAUUUGCUGCUGCUAAAAAAGUGGAACAAUAAAGUGAAUCUGGCCA